UCCGGAAACAGCCGAGCGGACCCGGAAGCUAGGAGCGCGGUCACCUGGGAGUGCGGGAAUCCGCAGUUUGCGCCUAGGCCAUGGCAGCAGCCGCCCCGGCCGCCCCGGGCGACGAUGGACGGCUGCGGCGACCUAGGGUCGCGCUGGACGCACAGCCCCAGCGAGACGCAAAGAUUGAAACCGAGGCCGAUGAGCUUGGCCGGCUUCGAGCUGAACUGGCCGGUGCACUGGCAGAAAUGGAAACCAUGAAGGCUGUGGCCGAGGUGAGCGAGAGCACGAAGGCCGAAGCCGUUGCAGCUGUGCAGCGGCAGUGCCAGGAGGAGGUGGCUUCACUGCAGGCUAUCCUGAAAGACUCUAUCAACAGCUACGAGGCCCAGAUCACGCUCUUGAAGCAGGAGCGGCAGCAGCAGCAGCAAGACCGUGAGGAGAAAGAACGAGAGCUGGGCCACCUCAAGCAGCUGCUGUCCAGGGCCAACCCCUUGGACUCCUUGGAGAAGCAGAUGGAAAAGGCACAUGAGGACUCCGAGAAGCUUCGGGAAAUUGUGCUGCCCAUGGAGCGGGAGAUAGCGGAGCUGAAGGCCAAGCUGCUGAGGGCCGAGGAACUGAUCCAGGAGAUCCAGAGACGUCCCCAACAGCCCACUUCUCUACAUGGCUCUGUGGAGUUGCUGUCACUAUCAAGGAAUCCAUCACCCCCACUCGAGCCCCUGGAUGAGCCAAGUGGAGAUGGGGGCCCAGCAGCUGAAGCCUUCGCCCGCAACUGUGAUGACAGCGCUUCCAUCUCCUCCUUCUCCCUGGGCAGUGGGGCUGGGAGCAGUGCCUCUCUGCCCCGUGGCCGCCAGGGCCUGAGCCCUGAGCAAGAAGAGACUGCCUCUCUUGUGUCCACCGGCACCCUGGUCCCUGAGGGCAUCUACCUGCCCCCUCCUGGGUAUCAGCUUGUCUCGGACACCCAGUGGGAGCAGCUGCAAGUGGAGGGGCGGCAGCUGCAGAAGGAGCUAGAAGGCAUCAGCCGGGAGCGGGAUGAACUGCAAGAAGGCCUUAGACGGAGCAACGAGGACUGUGCCAAGCAGAUGCAGGUGCUCCUGGCCCAGGUCCAGAACUCAGAGAAGCUACUUCGAACCCUGCAGGGAACUGUGAGCCAGGCCCAGGAGCGUGUACAGCUGCAGAUGGCAGAACUAGCCACUUCUCACAAAUGCCUGCACCAUGAGGUUAAGCGGCUAAAUGAAGAAAAUCAAGGGCUCCGAGCUGAGCAGCUGCCAUCAUCAUCCCCCCAGGGCCCAGAGCAGCAUGAAGGCCAGGAGAAGGCAUUGCCCAGCUCAGUGAAGGAGCUGCAUCAGCUAGUGCAGCACACACGGCAGCAGGCGCGGGCCAGGCAGCAGGCACAGGAGCAUGAGGCCGAGCGCCUGCGCAUUGAGAUCGUGACGCUGCGUGAGGCGCUAGAGGAGGAAAAGGCGGCCAGGGCCAGCCUGGAAGGGCAGCUAAGGGUGCAGCGGGAGGAGACAGAAGUGCUGGAGGCUUCCCUGUGUAGCCUGAGGAUAGAGAUGGAGCGGGUCCAGCAGGAGCAGAGCAAGGCCAGACAGCAGGAAGUCCUGCAGCAACCACCUGGCUCCAGCAGGACAGAAGAGGCCCAGCUCACAGACCUCCUCUCUGAACAGAGGGCCAAGGCACUGAGGCUGCAGGCUGAGCUGGAGACCAGCGAACAGGUGCAGAGGGACUUUGUGCGGCUAUCCCAAGCUCUGCAGGUGCGCCUGGAGUGGAUCCGUCAGGCAGAAACUCUGGAACAAGUGCACAGCAUCUUGGAUGAAGCACCCCUGAAGGACAUUAGGGAUAUCAAGGACUCUUGAGGGGCAGAGCGAGAAGGCACCAACGCCCCACUCUCUCUCCUGUGGGGAAGCUGGCCCUUCUCCACCAAAACUGUGAGGCGUAGAUUAUAGGGUCUCAGGAUAGAACCUCACCCACUCUAACCCUGGGGUGGGAGUGCUGGGGCCACCACUGCCCAGCACCUCCUCCCAGGGGGACUAGACCUUCUGCUCUCAGGGAUGACACCUGGGUGAGGGUCAUAAUCCCCCCUGCCUCCAGAACCAAAGGUGCAGGCUGAUGCCCUGUGGCUGAGUGCCAUGCUGCCACACGGACCUGCCCUGCUCUGCCCCAACCAGCCACCCAGUCCUAAGGCACAGCCUAGCUUAUGUAUGGUGGCCAGAAACCUCUGUCAGUGUAAGUGGGUCUCUCACACAAGGGUCCUGGGUCAGGAAGCUGCUUUCUGGACCAUAUGACACUAAGAUAUUUAUCCACAGGCCUAAUGUAGGCUCCCACACACACAUGAAAGCAAGGCAAGACUUUUCUGUCAUUUAUUUUCAAUAAAUAAGCAGCUCAGCUCA